UCUGUACAAUUCAUCACCCGACCAAAGUCCAGUGACAACCCUACAAUCGAAGAGAAAAUGCUGAAGCUUGUCUCCAUCGUUUGCCUUUUUGCCUGCACAUUCGCAGAUAACUAUGACACUUACAGUCACUAUUCCAAGCAUGACGACUUUUAUCCCAAACCGUACGGACCAUUAGGUGGAGUCGGUGGAGUAGGCUCAGGAAUUGUUGGCUCUGGUGGUGUCAUUGGAGGACUCGUCGGUCUGGGUGGUGGAUCUGCGGCUGCUAGUGCCGCCGCUGCAGGAAAUAGCGCAGCAGCAGCUGCUGCUGCUGCAGCUGGUCGAAAUGCUGCCGCCGCUGCUGCAGCUGCUGUAGGACAAAAUGCCGCCGCCGCUGCAGCUGCCGCCGCUGGUCAAAAUGCUGCAGCAGCUGCUGCCGCUGCAUCUGCUAAUGGAUUCGGAUCAGUCCCAACCUUUCCAUACUAUGGUACUCCCUACUAUGUAUUCAAUUUAGGAGGAGGAUCAGCUGCUGCCGCUGCUGCUGCUGCUGCAAGCAGUGGCUCAGCUGCCGCCGCUGCCGCCGCAGCUGCAUCUGCCAGCGGACUUGGGUCAUUCCCAACGUUCCCAUACUAUGGUGUCCCCUACUAUGGAUUCAAUCUGGGAGGAGGAUCAGCUGCUGCUGCCGCCGCAGCUGCCAGUGGUGGUUCUGCUGCUGCCGCUGCUGCUGCUGCAUCUGCCAGUAGAUUUGCAUCAUUCCCCUAUUAUUAUGGAAACCAAGUUAGCUUUCCUUACUAUGGAUUCAAUCUAGGAGGUGGAUCAGCUGCCGCAGCCGCCGCUGCCGCUGCUGGACAAAAUGCUGCAGCUGCUGCUGCUGCCGCCGCCGCUAGUCAAAACAGUGGGCUUUUCGGUCUUGGAGGAAGUGGUUCAGCUGCUGCUGCCGCCGCCGCUGCCGCUGCUGGACAAAAUGCCGCUGCUGCCUCCGCUGCUGCUGCAUCCGGAAGUAUAUUCAACGGACCUAUUUUUGGCGGCAUUAGACCCAAAAAGGUCUAUUAAAGAGAGGAGAAUUUGUGUUUUGUUUGGUAAAAAGCAUAAAAUAAAAAACAUUAUAAAAACACCGAUUUCUUUUGUAAUUAUGCCCAUGAUAUUCUCUUCGU